AUGGUCAGUCGUGUCAUCAUGUGGAAACCGAAAAAUUUUCUCCAAGCAUUGUUUCCUAUUUAUAUUUUAAAUUUUUUAUUUUGUCAUGGAGCUGUUGAAUUUCUGGGUGUUGAUAAACCAAAAACUAAAUACUUGUUUUUAUACACUGUAAUUACACUUGUAAUUCAUCUGAGUAGCUACGCGUAUGUAUUGUUUAAUUACUUCGACCCUCAUUGGGCAUCUGGUUAUCUAAUAUCGUAUUUUAUAAAUACAAAUAUAACAUUUUUUGUGAUGAUUAUCAAUAUCGCCGCCGGGUGGGCCUUCAAAACUAAAAGUGCAAUGAUUAACACAAGAUUAAUAAAAGCUGAUGUAAUGCUUGAUACCUUAGGAGUGCCGGUGAAUUUUAAAAAAGAAUUUUUUUUUAGCAUUAAAAUCGCCGUUUUUUGGAUUGUCUACCUACUUUUUAUUAAUAUAAGUAUGGUUUCAAUUUACCAAAAUUAUAAUUUAUUAUUAAGAACUUUUUUGGCAAUUGUUAUCCAACAUGCAUACUACGUUAAUUUAAUUAUUGAUCUGUCAUUUUAUCAGUUUAUAAAUCAUAUGAAAGUACGGUUUAAAAAUAUUAAUAAAGUAUUGAUUGAUAUUUUACAAUUGCAAAGUAAUAAUUCAACGCAUAAAGAAGAAACUGAUUACAAAUGGGCUAUUUCGAGAAAAAUUAACUUUGAAAAAGAUUUUAUGGAAAUUAUUCGUAAAAUCAAGAAUAUUCAUUUGGAAUUGGGAAUAUUGUGCCGUGAGCUUAUGAAAGUUUACGGUAUCCCAAUAGUCUUCACUAUGAUCAGAGCAUUUACAAACACAACUUCUUUUCUUUUUCUCAUAUUCAUAAUUUCAAAGGAUCAGAAUAUGAUUUUAUCUAAUAAAAUACUUUUUUUAUUAAAUUUUACAAUUUGGUUGACAGUCUUCAUUUUAAAAGUUAUUUUUAUCAAUUAUAUUUGCGCUGGAACAGUUAAUGAGUGGCAAGAAACUGGUGCAACAAUUCAUAAACUGGAGUGUAAUUCCAAAGACUCGAAUUUUCAGAGAGAAAUUCAAAACUUUUCAAUUCAAAUGCUGCAAAACCCCCUGAAAUUUUCUCCUUGUGGAUUUUUUGACCUUGGAUAUUACUUUUUAAGAGAUGUAAGUAAAAUUUUUCAUUAUAUUUAUUUAAAAUUUAUUUAUGACAUUAAAGUUAGCAGUCACUUAACAAUUUUUUAA